AUGGAACAAUCAGCAAUUCCAGAAAUUCACUCAGCAGCAAAUGAUUUGUUACAUUUGAUAAUAAAUGUGAAAGAACAUCAAGGCAAAUGGUUGGCAAAUGACAUCACAAAAAUGCUACAAAGCUCAGAGCCUCCCUUAUUACUUGAACGUUGUAUCUACAGAGUUCUAACUAAUCUUCGCAAAGUGAAUAAAAAAGCCUACACUCCUCAGCAUAUAUCAGUAGGGCAUUUUCAUCAUGGCGAUGAAAGAUUGAAAACUAUGGAAAAGCUUAAAGUGACAUAUUUCAAGAAAUUUGUGCAAAAGGCUGCGUUAAGCGUGGAGAAUUUAGUAAGCUUUAUAAUGGAUAGGGAAGCAGCUGUUCGUCGUUGUUAUUCACAUACUAGCGGACUUAGCAGUGAUGAUUAUGUGAAAAUGAUUCUGCUGGAUGCGAGCUUCAUUAUAGUGUUUUUUAUUACAUGCAAGCCUAAAGAAUGGACGGAUGAGGACACCUUAAAACCGCGGUUGAUUGCUAUAGUAAGAAAGGACAUCCGGUUGCUUGAGAAUCAACUUCCUUUCUUUGUUAUUGAGGAAUUAUACAACUUUGCAUUUGCAUCUGCCUCAAACUUACCUUCCUUCGUUGAGCUUGCCAUCAAAUUCUUUAAACGAUCCACCACUAGAAUAAUAUCUCAUGAUCCCAAUUUGAAAAUAAGGCACUUCAUUGAUUUGUUAAGAACCUCUUUUUUGCCUUGA